GAGGCGCCACUGAUCCCGGAGCGGCGCCUCUUCCUCAUUAGCUUUUACUGCUGUGACGUCAUCAGCCUGUCGGCGAACAGACGGACGAACUAACGGAGGAACCGAGCGAGCCGCUACCGGAGCUACCGGGAGGCAGUACAGCUGACACCGAGCGAGUCCCCGGAGGAGCCGAACGGAGAGGAAACAGGAUCCGCCGCGAGAACCGAACCGAACCGAGCCGAGCGAUGCGCGCGCUGCUCACCGCCGCCCAGUAACGACAGAGUGAAAGCAGCGAUUUACCGACAGAGAGGAAGAGAGGGAGACUCAUCAUCAUCAUCAUUAUCAUCAUCAUCAUUAUCACCCAGCUGCGGAGGAUUCACCCGGUCCGUUUUCACCGCUAACCCGCCCCGUAGACCGAACCGGGAGGACCGGUGCUGUGAACGCGCACACGGCGCCUCCGUCCCCGGCCUGAGAGAGGGAGCAGCCCCGAGAGAGACGCGCAGAAACCCUGGAAAUACACCCCGAGAGGACCCCCAGCCCCUCAUCGUCACAGCGGUGCGUUUUCCUGCCUGGACCUCGGAACCGGUACCGAUACCAAGCUGUGUUCUCUAACCAUGGGAUGUACCCUGAGCGCAGAGGAGAGGGCGGCUCUGGACCGGAGCAAAGCCAUCGAGAAGAACCUGAAGGAGGACGGGAUCACCGCGGCCAAGGAUGUCAAGCUGCUGCUGCUCGGGGCCGGAGAGUCGGGGAAAAGCACCAUCGUCAAACAGAUGAAGAUCAUCCACGAGGAUGGGUUUUCCGGCGACGACGUGAAGCAGUACAAGCCUGUGGUUUACAGCAACACCAUCCAGUCUCUGGCUGCCAUCGUCCGUGCCAUGGACACGCUGGGCCUGGAGUACGGAGACAAAGAGCGCAAGGCGGAUGCUAAGAUGGUGUGCGACGUGGUGAGCCGUAUGGAGGACACGGAGCCGUACUCUGCUGAGCUGCUGGGGGCCAUGAUGCGCCUGUGGGCCGACUCGGGCAUCCAGGAGUGCUUCAGCCGCGCCCGGGAGUACCAGCUGAACGACUCCGCGCAGUACUACUUGGACAGCCUAGACCGGAUCGGUGCGGCUGACUACCAGCCGACAGAGCAGGACAUCCUGCGGACCCGGGUGAAGACCACGGGCAUCGUCGAGACGCACUUCACCUUCAAAAACCUUCACUUCAGGCUGUUUGACGUCGGGGGUCAGAGGUCGGAGCGGAAGAAGUGGAUCCACUGUUUCGAGGACGUGACGGCCAUUAUUUUCUGCGUGGCGCUGAGCGGGUACGACCAGGUGCUACAUGAGGACGAGACCACGAACCGCAUGCACGAGUCCCUGAAGCUCUUCGACUCCAUCUGCAACAACAAGUGGUUUAAGGACACCGCCAUCAUCCUCUUCCUCAACAAGAGCGACCUGUUUGAAAAAAAGAUCACCAAGUCGCCGCUGAUCAUCUGCUUCCCCGAAUACUCCGGUGCAGACACCUACCUGGAGGGGAUCGGCUACAUCAAGUCUGAGUACGAGAGCAGGAACAAGUCGCCCAAAAAGGAGGUGUACUCCCACGUCACCUGCGCUACUGACACCAACAACAUCCAGUUCGUCUUUGAUUCUGUCACUGAUGUCAUCAUAGCCAACAACCUGCGGGGCUGUGGCUUGUACUGAGGGGGCUGGAUGUUGGCAUUUACCUGGGCACUACCUGUGUAUGACUGGUGCGAAUGAUGUCAUCAUGUGGCGUCCUCCUUUAGGCUGAACACCUUAAAUUAAAGCUGUUGGUUGGUUGGUUGGGUGCUUGUUGGUUG